AUGCCUCUGUUUUCUACAGCCAGAACCAAAGCAUCAUCGACAAACCCGUUGUCGUCUAGUCCAACAAAACCACGCAAACUCUUUCGACGGCAAGGGAAGCACCGUCCCUCACCGACAUCCGCGCUCGCUCCCAUAAAUCUGAACUAUUACGACCGACCUGAGGAGAAGACUGGUCCGGACUUUUUCGAAAAGUACCGAGUGAACGUGGUGGACGUGACUAGCGACAAGCCCAGCCUCGUUCAGACCUUUGACCCGCCAAGAGACGAACCGAACUGGUUCCUCACGUCUCCGCCACCCCGUGAACAGAACCUCGAGCCUCCCCAAUCCCAACCACGGGCCCUGCGCGGUGCCCAGAAACCGAGAUCAAGUUCACCAAAACCCCCACCCUCGGAACCGCAGUCUCGCGCUGUUUACUGCCAAAUCGAUGGCAACCAAAAUUCGGAGCGGGAUUGGCGUCCCCUUUCCGAAGAGAAGGACGAGGACAGUUUAGAGGGUCCAAACCGAGACCCACACCCUUUGGAUAGAGUAAACAUUGGCCGAACCAGCUUUAGGGAGUCGCGUGAAGACAAGGGCUUCACGCUCUGCCACGACGUACAAGACGUGGUUUACGAUUGUACCUUCUUCCUACGUAGCGCCAAAGACUACAGCUUGGAUUCCUGCAGAGGGCGGAGCUCGCCUCCGAAACGGCACCUAACACGCAUGUCACUGUAA